AUGUAUCGGAAGUUGUCUAAGUUAGAACACUCGGAAAUAAAACAACUUCUUACAGAAGCUAAUAUAGAUGUUGCAAAGCAUUACGCAACAAACAAAAAGGCACUCGCUGACAUCCUCAAUGACUACAAUGGUGAAAUAAGUUAUGAUAGAAUUCAUGAGUUCAUAAAGCCACAACGCGGUGAGGACGAAGUCCAUGCAAGAACUUUUCCUUUAAAUGACGUUGCUAUUGACUUAUAUCAUAGACGUUCAAUACCUCAUGAAGUAAGGCGUGAGAUGUUUGACAUAACAAAUGCGAACGUUGGUGAAACAAGAAGAAGAGACGACACACUGAAACAACAGAGAAGAGAGAUGUUUAAAAAUGCUAUAGAACAAGUUCGCAAAGCUAACGAUGUCAUUCGUUCCAUUGACGACAAACCAAAAGAAGGUGAGAGAUGGUUAAAGAAAGAUGAAGAGAAUAGGAAGAGAAAUGUGAAGUCAGGCAAUAGACUCAUUGACUUUAACAUCGAAGCUUUAGAUGAACCAAACAGAGACUACUUACACAAACAUUUCGGUAAGGUUUUCAUGAGACUCUUAGAGAAAAUUAAAAUAAACUCACAACAGAGAUGGAUGGUAUGUUAUAAACUUGGUGGAAAGUAUGAAUGUUCUACGUUAAACCUCAAUAAUAUUGGAACAUUACUACAUCAGCUCUUGAAGGAGAACUUUAUAUCAGAGAUAGAAGCAAAUGCUGCAGGUAUUGUUGAAAUGCACUAUGACUUCUUCUUGACAAACAUAAAGAAUCUUACUGAAAUAAAGA